AGAGACGUGUGACUGACCCUGCGACCAGGGCGAGGGGGACAUAGGUGAUCGGGUUCCAGCGGAGAGAGAACGGCAAACUUGGGACUCUCGAGCGGCGGGUCUGGCUGAUACACAGAAACUCUCCACACCUCGGAGCUGGGAGGACCAGAAGCUGGAGUAUCUCUCAGGAUACAGUCAAGAGAAAAGCCUCCAAAACAGAGGGCCUGAAGCAAGGGAUGGCACUGGCCUUGAUUCACCCUAGCAAGCGUGCAUACUCUCUGGCUCCCCUGAAUCUGAAGGAGGAGCUUCAGGGAUUCAAAGUUCAAGGGGACAGAAAAGGCGUUGGGCAGGAGCCAUUGUGCAAACAGUUCAGGCAGCUGCGCUAUGAGGAAAGCACUGGACCUCGAGAGGUUUUACGCCGACUCAGGGAGCUCUGCAGACAGUGGCUGCGGCCUGAGACCCACAGCAAGGAGCAGAUCCUGGAGCUGCUGGUACUGGAGCAGUUCCUGACCAUCCUGCCAAGAGAUCUGCAGGUCCAGGUGCUCGAGCACCACCCAGAGACUGGGGAGGAACUGGUGGGAAUACUGGAAGAUUUGCAGCUGGACCGUGGAAAAGCAGGAGAGCAGAAGGACUCAGCCCAAAGAAGCAGACCGACGGUGCUGGGUGGCGGGCCAGCCCCUCACAGGGAGACACCGACGGUGCUGGGUGGCGGGCCAGCCCCUCGCAGGGAGACACGGGAGCAGCCUGGGUAUGUGCUUCAGAAGCCUGAGGAGAGAGGUAAAGAGACAAGGAGUGAGAAUGGGAAGCUCAUUGCAGGGACAGGCUCUUGUGGAAGAGUGGAAUCAUCUGUUACCAUGUCUGAACCCAUUGAGGCCCAGUGUGAGGACCUGAGCUUGAAAAAGAAUCCAGCCAUGCCCAAGGAAAACACUAACAGCCAAUGCUUGGAAACUAAGGAGAGACUUGUUCAGAACUCAGGCCUGAUCGAACAUGACAGGGCACAUACAGGAGAAAGAUCCUGUGAAUCUGUAGUAUAUCAGAGUUCUGUUGCUACUGACCAUCAGGAAAUCUCUAAAGAGAAAGGUCAUCCCUGCCAAGAGUGUGGGAAAGUCUUUCAGAGAAGUUCACACCUCAUCAGACAUCAGAAAAUCCAUCUUGGUGAGAAGCCUUACCAGUGUAAAGAGUGUGGAAAAGUCUUUAGCCAGAACGCAGGUCUUUUGGAGCAUCUCAGGAUCCAUACUGGAGAAAAACCCUAUCUGUGUAUCCACUGUGGAAAGAACUUCAGGCGAAGCUCUCAUCUUAAUCGACACCAAAAAAUUCACAGUCAGGAUGAGCCCCGAGAAUGCAAGGAGUGUGGGAAAACCUUUAGUCGGGCCCUCCUCCUCACCCAUCAUCAGAGAGUCCAUGGUCGUUCCAAAAGACAUCACUGUAAUGAGUGUGGAAAAGCCUUCAGCUUGACCUCCGACCUUAUUCGACAUCAUAGGAUUCACACUGGAGAAAAACCUUUCAAAUGUAACGUGUGUCAGAAAGCUUUCCGCCUAAAUUCACAUUUAGAUCAGCAUGUCAGAAUCCACAAUGAAGAAAAACCCUACAAGUGCAGUGAAUGCAAUGAAGCCUUCAGGCAGAAGUCUGGUCUCUUUCAGCAUCAGAGACAUCACCAUAAAAGCAAACUGGCUUGAUGAGGUUCUCUAUUUGAAACAUCGAAAUGUUACAUUGAUAAGCAAACAGCGCCUUUUGAAAGAACUCAUCACGGCUUCAGUAUUCUUGGAAGCCAUUUGCCUCCGUUGUGUCCCUCUCUUGGCUUUACUUAAAGCCAUAAUUAGACUUCAAUAAUUUACCAGAAUAGCAGAAUCAGAGUUAAACAAGUAUUCACUACAGAACUUCUCAGAGCUUUCGAUGUGAUAAUACAUGAUUAUUUAUCUCUUAAAUAUUAGCUUUAUGUGUGAAUGAAGUGUUUUAAAUCAGCAAGUCAAGUGCCUAUAGAUUUAUACCGAACAAGAUAAAGCUGAUAUUUUUGUAAGUGCUGUAGCAACAGGCUCCUAAAACAUAAAAUUAAUGAGGGUUGGGGAGAUGACUCAGUGGUUUAAUCAAGUUGCUAUGCAAGUGGAAGGACUGUUUUGGAUCCCCAACACCCAUGUAAAGUCAAAUGAGUAUGGUGGCCAGCCUGUGGCCUGUGGUCCCACCCCUCAGGUGACAAAAAUGGGAUCUUUAGAGCAAGCUGGCUAGCCAGACUAGCUAUAUCGGCAAACUUUGGACUCAGGGGAGAGAGUUUGGAGAGCAGUUGGUGGAGUUAUUGAGGAAGACUCCUGAUGAUAAUCUAAGUGCACAUGUAUCCAUACACAUGUAGAGCCAUACCCGCAAACAUCAUACAUAUGAAAAGACAAAUCCUAAGGAGCUAGAGUUAGCAGUUAACAUAUCUGCUCUUGCAGAGGACCCAUCCAUUUUCAGUUCCAAGCACCUCCAUAGCACAGCAUCUCACAGUUCCAGUUCCAGGGAUCUGGCCUUCUCAGGCUUCUGUACACAGUGGUCCACAGAAACUGUUGGACACAUACACACAACUGGUAAAAUAUUUUUAAGCCCAAAAUAAAUCUAAUAAUGCUUAGAAAUACACAUUCUCAAGGGUCUAACAUAGGUUAACUGAACAUUUUUCUUAUUGGGUACACACACACACACACACACAACACUGGCUUCAUAUCCACUUUACCCUUGUACCAUCAAUGAAUGCAUUUCUGAAAGCUUUUGCUGUUUAACUAUAUAACCUACCCUUAGGAUUAGCUCAUGUCAUUUUACAUUUCCUACCCAUUUUAACCACAGUAUCACAGUGUUUCAAAUUAUAAAUCAAAGUUUUACCUAAACUAUGCAAGAGACUUUGAGUCAUUUGAGUGAACUGUGUUGAAUUAUUCUAAGCAGCGACUUUCUUACUGGGCAGCAACAGUGCCAGUACAGUGACUGCUUGAAGGACACCUUUUUUUAAUGAAUGUCCCAUGGGGGAAAAUGGUUUUUUUUUUUCCCUUUGAUACCAAUGAUGCAAAUUUAAAUGAUACUUAUUUUGAAACCAUUGUGAGCAUUCAAGUCAAAUCAGCUUGGAGAGAUUGUGGCCAUCAGGUCAUAUUGACUGUCUCGAUCCUGAUGAAAAGCAGUAAGCUUGGAGUCUUCCCAAGCCCCACACCUGACUGCUAAACAUAGCUUCUGGUUGGUAGUUGCACAGGGUGUACUUCGCAGGAAAGGGGCUUCUUAAGUUAUGCCGCUUUGGGAAGAUAAGAGGACCCUUGUAGUGAUUACAACUUGGUUUCCCUACACUUGGCUUACAAAUAAAUAGCAACGUAGAAAUGCUUAUUUUUCUUGUCCGAUAGAAAAAGAUAGAGUCAGUCCAAGACAGAUUCAUGGUAAACCAUCAGCUUGCUGCCAGUCACGUCUAAGGAGGGAACAGGCCAAGUUCUUCUAGGCGCAAUUCUGACAUUAAUCUUCCGUUUCAUCCCCUUUUAACCAAACUCAGCUCUGCACAAAAUAAGGCCCUCUUCCUCUGUCAAGAUUUUGGCCUAAGAUACACUGUAAACGAAAUUGGGGAAAGCUGCACCAAGAGACUGGCUGAACUGAGAAGAACCUCUUUUUGACCUUUUGCCCACACUUUGCAUGUGAUAGUUGCAACUUCAGCAGUCAUAUGGCCUUAAAAACUGAUGGCAUGGACCAUGGUUAGGUCCUCAACACCACCAAAAUAACAGUGUUAGCAUGUGAUCAAUCUCCUUGAUGUUUAACUCAUGUCCAUACCAAAAUGUGCAUGUAACAGGCAUUUGUAACACGCAUAAUUCCUAAACCUCAGAAGAAACACCUGUCUUGGAACAUGCUUUAUAUUUCUACUGUUGAACAUUCUUUUAUGCAUUGAUUAAUCAUGUAUCACUGUGUGAAAGUGACGUUCCUUUUCUGGCCUUUCUCUUAGCUUCUCCUUUUACUUCCAAACAGCAUGGCCCUUAAAAAUUAGAGAACUAUCAAAAUUUUAAAUGCACAUUACUCUUCAUCAGUUUGUGUGUGUAGUAUUUACCCAACAAAUAUAUUUAAAGCAACAUAAAAACAUAAUUAUUGAUAGUGUGAAGAGAGUACUUUUCUAUGGAAAUAGUGAUAUUGACAGUAUUGUAAACAGUCUGAAAA